AGAGAGAGAUAGAGAGAGAGCGCGAGAACUGAGACAGCCAUGCCCUGAAAGUUGCGACAAAAUAAUAUCGAAUAUCAUACGUUGCACAGAAGUCGAAAUGGAUACUGCAUGUACGAUCAACUUUCGUAUGUAACUGGUUUAUUGUGAUAUUGCAUUUACAUGUAGGUCUACAUGUACAAGUGGUCAACCAGACGGGAAAGCGAUCGUGUAGUUCAAAACGAUAAUUAACAACAAACAGCGCACACGUCCUGUCGUCUGCAUAACUUUCUAUCACGUCUAAUUACAGCAAUACCAUCCACAUCGACCAUUGUAUUGCAGCAAGAUAACAUAACCAUCGGUGGACAUAUGUAUAUACUGUCAAUGUUGUAGGGUAUAUCAUUAUUGUACCGUCGAAGUAAGUCAUGGCACAACAACAAACAACGGUGGUUUUAGCUCCGACACAACCCACGAUACAGACUUCGGUGGUGAUACACAAGAAAGAAGGCAAUGCCUGUCGAGCCGCUAUCCCUGCCAUGCCGAUGGUUAUGGCUGUAUUCUGUCUUAUCUUCAACAUUCUCGUUCCAGGACUAGGUACGAUCAUCGCUGGAUUCUCUGUUUUCUGUUGCGGCAAUCCAGGGCAGUCGGGAUUGGGCAAUUGUGGAACUAUGUGUCUCAACUUGUUUGUGGGACUCCUCCAGUUGGUCUUAACGGUCAUCUUCGUGGGCUGGAUCUGGUCUAUCAUGUGGGGAGUCGCAUUCAUCGGCAUGUCACACGAUUAUUCUCAGACUAACAAAACCACCACCACGCUCGUAACAACCAGAAGCCCAGGACCUCAGGCACUCACGGUCACUCAAACACAACCACAACCACAGUCUCAGGCAUAUUAUCCUCAACCACCCCUACAACAUGGUUAUCCGAACCAACAUCAGGGUUACGCCCCUCCGCCACAGCAGGGUUACGCUCCUCCCCCACAACAAGGCUAUGCACCACCCCCUCAACAAGGUUUUGCCCCACCCCCACAACAGGGAUAUGCCCCUCCUCUUCAAGGAACAGCACCGCCAAUGGAUAGUAACUUUCCGCCACAGAAUUACUCGCAACAACCUGCCUACAACCCUUACAACCAACCGGAUCAACAACAGCCUCCGCCUUAUACCGCCAGCGAACUUCCUCCCAAGAAGUCAUAAUACUGGAUGGAAAUGUUUGUAUUUUUAAAAGGAUGUUCAAUAAUAGAUCAUUGCCUUCAAAACUAAAGCUUCCUUCGUGUUCGUGAUGAUGUUACAAGUAAGAAGGGAUUCAGAGAGAGAGAGAGAGAGAGAGAGAGGGGGAGAGAGAGAGAGAGAGAGAGAGAGAGAGAGGGAGGGAGCGAGAGAGAGAGAGGGAGAGAGAGGCAUGGUAUCAAUCACCGGCUUCAUUAUCAAACGAUCGUAAUUCAUCGAAUCACGUGACUGUAAUGCACCUCUUCCGACUUCAAUGGUAAUAGAAAGCUUAAUUGGACAGAUGCGUUUAUCAUUUUGGGGUAUUAAUGUGUGAGUUAUACAGAAAAAGGACUAACGGCAGACAGUGUUUCAUACUAGCUCAAUUAUAUUAAUGUUUAUAGGCUCGCAACAUCCAUCAUCAUCGAAUGUAAUAACAGAAAUGUCGAUCACUCAUUCUUAAUGGCGUAGCUAUGUCUAGGGUAUGGGGAACUUGCCCUAAUAAUCAAAUGGCGAAACAAAAACAAACAAACAUACACACAAGGAAUGAAAGGAAGAAAGUGAGAAGCGGAAGGUAAUGUAAACGAAGAUGACAGGACCCACCCCCGCCCCCGCCCCUCAA